UUGCGUAGUCCCGCACAACCGUCAACGUAAAGCAGCCGUCGAUAAAGGUUCGCCGACAUUUCCCAUCAUCCUGGGCAAAGCCUUUUUCUGAGAAACACAGCAAAUUUUAAACGACCGUUUUCCCGUUUUUUUGUCCCAGCCCGUGUGCGCGCGCGUCUCUCGCUCUCUCCGUGUGUGUAUUUCGUGUACGUGUGUCUAUUUUCUACGUAAACGGGCAGGAUUGGUGCACCCAAAAAGGAGAAGCGCGUUCCUUUUCGGUGGAUAAGGGAAGCCGCACCGUGUGGCAACUUGUGUGUUGACUGGACCACUUCAUGGUGUACCGAAAAGCGAAGGCACACCAGGCGACGGCAGUCGAGCAAGGGCAGAAGAAAAUUGGUCUAAAACGCAUCGAAAAACGGUUCGCUGGCUGCCAGUGUGGCAAAGGGAAAAGUUUUUCCUGCUAACCGAGACACAACGGAAGUGUGCAGAAGAGAAAGUGGAGGAAAUUCCGAGCAAUAGAAGGAAAAAACGGCACACAUACGCAAUUGUACCCCGUAAGGACGAUCCACGCAGUCCCGCCGUGUUUGUGUGUGUGUUUCGCGUGUAAGAAAUAGAAAGAGACAGCAAGUGGCAGAUUAAGAGAGCGCGUGGUAGAGAUAGAGCGAGCACGAGAACCGUGCACAGCGAAUAGAACGAGAGUGUGAACACAGGGGGAGAGAAGGAAGCAGAAAAAAUCGAACAUUUACUGCGUGCGUGCGAGCGCGUCUGUGUGUAGUGUGGCCUUUUGCAACCUGGUUCAAAUAUGGCGAAGCCUGCUCAGUUAUUAAAUAUUGAACCGGCGAACGAGCUCAAAUUCCUGGGCCCGUUCCGGACUGCUGUUGCGUCGUAUAUGCGGCUCACCAAUCCAACUGACCAUGAUAUCUUUUUCAAAAUCAAAACAACCGCACCGAAGAAAUACUGUGUGCGACCAAACUGUGGCUUACUGGAACCCCACGAAUCACAGGAGAUAGCCAUCGUUCUACAACCGUUCAUAUUCGAUUCGAAUGAAAAGAACAAGCACAAGUUCAUGGUGCAAUCGAUGGUGAAGCCGGACGAUGAGGAAAUCAACCUGGAGGACCUCUGGAAGAAGUAUCCGGAGAAGCUGAUGGACUCGAAGCUACGGUGCGUGUUCGAGUGCCCGCUGGACAGCAACCAGCCGGCACCGGUUGCCGAGUCCGCUACGGUGGCAGCACCACCCAACAGUAAACAAUCGGCUGGUACGGACCCAGCAGCAAGCAACGAUGCCGGCGCACAGUUCGCAAACGCACAGUUUAACGCGAUGAGCAACGAGGACGAGCAAAAGUCGGAGGCGUCACUGCUGAAGGAGGUGAAGAAACUCCGGGACAACGAAAGCGUUUUGCGUCAGGAAAAUUUGCAACUUCGGGAACAAAUUAUACAGCUACACAUGCAGGUGGACGGACGGGCCAAGGAGCAAUCGUCGGCGGCCACCGCUGCAAAGUCUGUCCCGGUUCAGUCGGUGCCCGUACACUACCAAAAUCCGUACUCGCCACCGCCACAGCUGGCACGCAAUCCGCCGCUGGAGCUAAUGUACACCGUGAUUGCCGCCGUGGUCAUGGGCAUCAUCGGCAUACUGAUCGGCAAGGUCAUGUACAGCGAAGGCAACAAAUAAAGUUUAAUUUAACGACGGGUGGGGACCGGCCGGUAAAAGAAAACGUUACGCCUGCCGGACACGGAACGGAACGACGAUGGUGGCGGUGUUUAUUCGGGACGUAGGAACAGCAACACACGAAAAACGGGGUCGAGGGGGAGAUGGGGGAGGGGUUGGUAAAUGCCUGGAGCAGUAGACGAAGAUGAAAGGAAGCGGGAGAGGGGAUUAGGGGGGGAUAAGGGAGAAGGGAUUGGGGGGGGUAAGGAAGGGCUCAAACGGUGGGCAUCUAUGCGUUGGAAAUCAUUUCAAACCAAUAAACCCCUUACAUUUGCGCAAAGCAACCACACUGUAUAGCGACAGCAGCGCCCCCUCCUUAGUGCACGGUUAAACACGUGCAACACGUUGAACGAGAAUUGAACCCGGAAGCCGGAAGGCAUAAAGACACAAAUAUGGAUGGUAUGGAUGGAUUAUGAAUGGAUGGUUUAUGCGAAAUUGCGAUCGAACGGUAAUAUGUGUGUACUCGGCGCGCCGCACCCUGUUUAUUCUUUGUUUAUUUGCUUUGUUUUUCCCCCCCCCCCCCAUGGAAGGACGUAACGAUUUGCUAAGAAUAGGAAGAACGUUUUCGUUGAUAAAAAAAUACCCUUCAAUGAAAACAGUUGCAUCAAGUGAUGGGAGCGUUUUGAUGUCGAAUCGCAUGACGUUUAUCGGACCUAGUGUAGAAUGAAGUAAUGGGUAGUAACCGAUGAGCGGGGCAAAAUAUAAGAAGAAAAUAGAGAAAAAAAAUAUGGGAAAUACGGGAAUACACAGGAGGCCACAGGAGGUGUGAAGAGGAACAUAUAUGCCAGGAAGAAAAAAAAACACUGUGUACGAGUACCGUCACUCUCACCCCACUCCUCCCGACAAGCAUAGAUUAUAAAAAAAAGUUAAUAGGAAGAAAUGGUAAAAAAUGUGAACAAUUAAGUAAAACAAAAAAAAGCAACAAGAAAAGUUAUGCACCUAUAGCAGAUGAAAAAUAAGACAAAAAAAAACCCAACACAACACACAUACACAGUAUGAUACACAGACACAAACACCCCCUCCACACACAUAGGACACACUCAUAUAUUUCGUCUUGGGAAGGAAAUUUGGAAUUUGGUAGAAAACAUGGUACACCAGCUUAAAUGCAGCUUACAUAAUAUAAAAAUGCCUAACAUUAACUAAAAAAAAACAAAAGAAAGUUGAAGAAGGUCAAAAUCAAGAGGAUUCAACAGAAAGCGGAAGAAAACAGCUAGAAAACAACUCACACAAAGAGAAACAUUGCCUGGCAAAUAAAAAAGGAGACAAAAGAGAUAUGGAUUGUGAAAGCAGCAAUUCGAUUCAAGGGGUGUGUGUGUGUGUGGUGAUGAAUAGGAAUGCGAAAAACCACGCGCAUUAUGAAUUUUGGGGGAGAGGGGGGAAACGUGAUUGAUGGUGACACGAAAACGAUGAUGACGAUAAUGAUGAUGAUGAUGAUGAUGAUAUAAACGCAAAUAAACGUAGGUGUUGAAGCAUCCUAGAAAUGCAACAAAAAAAAAACAAAACAAAAAUGAGCAAAAUUAAACAAAACAAGCAAAACACGAAAAAGCGAAAUCAAACGAGAUUUAUGUUAGCGGUAUAAUAAGUAUUUGGUUUUGUUAUAUGAAUACGCUAUUGAUCACACGUUUCUUUUCUUUCUUACCUGCGUUUCUACCCCUCAUUUUUUUUUCGCUUGGAUGAUAGUUACGUUUCUUUUGUUUUUUUUUUCCACCCUAUUAUUAGUUUGCUAUGAUUUGUACAUGUUUGUACUGAAACAACAACAAAAACUAAACAAAAAAAAAGCAAGCAGAUAGCAACGCUGUGCUGUGCUGUUUUUCGUUUCGCAUGAUGAAGAGUAAUGUACAAACUUUAACUACCAAAUAAAUUGAAUUAUUGAUCAAUAAAAACGUUAAAUUACCGAAA